AGGAGACGUAAGUAGACGAGGGAAUGGAGAUGGGGGCAGCCACGCUACCAUUUGUUGUUCAAUAUUGGCGCACAACACCCCUACCUACCCCCUUUUCCCUGUCUUUUUCUCUCUCACUCCCCUCCCCAUCUACUUCCAGAUUUCAAGUUCUCAACUACCUCCACUAGGGGUGUCAAACUAUCAAUAUGAAUUAAGUUUCUCCUAUUAUGCUUGGUUUUUCUAUCACCACAUCAACUCAUGCUAACUUUCCCUCCAGACCCUUACGAUGAUAGUGAUAACGAUGAUGAUUUAGAACAUGAUCAUCAGAACAAAAGGAUUCUAAUUUCCCCUGAGGUUUUCAUCAAAGGGACAGUGUGUGGUUGUUCCAUGAAUGUUUUCUUGUGUAGUGACAACAGGUACACAAGUGGCUAUGGUUAUUUCCUCCAUGACCCCAUUAACAAGGAAUCCUUCAAGCUCCCUUCGCUCGAGGUGAAGGAGGAGUGUCUUCAUGCUAUUGGCUUUACAUGUGAUCCAUAUUAUUGUAAUGACCCUAAAGAGGAUUCAAGGAGAAACUAUCUUGAUCCUAGGAAGUGUUUCAGGGUGGUAAGAAUCAAUUCCUUCAUUGCAAUACACUAUGAAUUCGAGGUUGAUGUUUGGUCCUCAGAGACAGGGAACUGGAGACAAAAGACUGUGAUAUUAGAUGAUGGUUUUGCUUUUGCUCCUCACUGGUCAAUGAGUUUUGCAUAUGAAGGAGGAUUGUAUUUCAUGGGUAGGACUAGUAUAUUUGUUUAUGAUCCUUAUGGACUUAAUGGUGAGACACUUGAUUACCCUGUUGAUUCUGACCCAAUGAACAUUAUGAGCUUUGGUUUUCUUGGAACUUCUUGUGGAGACUUGAGGAUUGCUGAAAUUAGACACAAUUAUAUUAAGGUUUGGGAGUUGGUGUCGAAUGACUGGGAAUUAUUACACCAUGUUGAUUUCUCAGGACUUUUGCCAAAUGAGUUUUGUGCUGAUUACUAUAAGCGUGUGGGGGGUUUUCACCCACAUGAAGGGGAGACUGUGUACUUGUACUCUUUUAAUGAAGGGAUUUAUGUUGCAAAUCUUGAGACAAUAAAAUUUACCUACAUCCCUGGAUAUCAGAAAUCUGAUUUGAGUCCAUUUCAUUUGGAGUUGCCAUUGUGGUCAUUGAAGGAUUUCUUUUAGUCAUAGUUUGUUACUUGUAGAUUUCAGAACUUUUUCUUUUAGUCAUAGUUUGUUACUUGGUAGAUUUUAUGUCUUGAAUAAUUUGAUUGUACUUUACUGUAGAUUUACAUGUAUUAUCAUAUGAUACGAUGUAGUAAACAAAUGAUGAGAAAUGACCAAAUCUUAUUGAGUUGUAUUCCGCCUACUUAUUUUUUCAUGUAGAGAAGAGUGCAUUAAACAUAAAAUUAGGUGACUACUUAAUUAAGAU